UCUUACUGCCCCCGGCGUUGGGUCGGCUGGGGGCGGGUCUGAAGACUACCCGGGAGGAGGAAACCCCUUGAGGGACCCUUGUGGGGACUGGGAAGAGGACGGGGCUCCAUCACUCCACCUGGGGCCGCAUCCUUCAAGGGAGGGGAGGAGGCACUCCAUUAUGGCUGAGGAGAAGAAGUUGAAGCUCAGCAAUACUGUGCUGCCCUCGGAGUCCAUGAAGGUCGUGGCUGAAUCAAUGGGCAUCGCACAGAUUCAGGAGGAAACCUGCCAGCUGCUGACAGAUGAGGUCAGCUACCGAAUCAAAGAGAUUGCACAGGAUGCGCUCAAGUUCAUGCACAUGGGGAAGCGGCAGAAGCUCACCACCAGUGAUAUUGACUAUGCACUGAAACUGAAGAAUGUUGAGCCACUCUAUGGCUUCCAUGCUCAGGAAUUCAUUCCCUUCCGUUUUGCUUCUGGUGGGGGCCGAGAACUCUACUUCUAUGAGGAGAAGGAGGUGGAUCUGAGUGACAUCAUCAACACCCCUUUGCCUCGGGUGCCUCUGGAUGUCUGCCUCAAAGCUCACUGGCUGAGCAUCGAAGGCUGCCAGCCGGCUAUACCAGAGAAUCCACCCCCAGCUCCCAAAGAACAGCAGAAGGCUGAGGCCACUGAACCCCUAAAGUCAGCAAAGCCAGGCCAAGAAGAAGAUGGACCCCUGAAAGGCAAAGGUCAAGGAGCCACUCCAGCUGAUGGCAAAGGGAAAGAGAAGAAGGCACCACCCUUGCUGGAGGGGGCCUCUCUGCGCCUGAAGCCUCGCAGCAUCCACGAGCUCUCUGUGGAGCAGCAGCUGUACUACAAAGAGAUCACCGAAGCUUGUGUGGGGUCCUGUGAGGCCAAGAGAGCAGAAGCUCUGCAGAGCAUCGCUACGGACCCAGGGCUCUAUCAGAUGCUGCCUCGGUUCAGUACCUUCAUCUCAGAAGGGGUCCGUGUCAAUGUGGUUCAGAAUAACCUGGCCCUGCUCAUCUAUCUGAUGCGCAUGGUGAAGGCACUGAUGGACAACCCUACAUUGUAUUUAGAAAAAUAUGUGCAUGAGCUGAUUCCAGCCGUGAUGACCUGCAUCGUGAGCAGACAGCUGUGCCUACGACCUGAUGUGGACAAUCACUGGGCACUCCGGGACUUUGCUGCCCGCCUAGUGGCCCAGAUCUGCAAGCAUUUCAGUACCACCACUAACAACAUCCAGUCCCGGAUCACAAAGACCUUCACUAAGAGCUGGGUAGACGAGAAGACUCCCUGGACAACUCGUUAUGGCUCCAUUGCAGGCCUGGCAGAGCUAGGACAUGAUGUGAUCAAGACUCUGAUCCUGCCACGGCUACAGCAGGAGGGGGAGCGGAUCCGCAGCGUCCUGGAUGGCCCGGUGCUGAGCAACAUCGAUCGCAUUGGAGCUGACCACGUGCAGAGCCUCCUUCUGAAACACUGUGCCCCUGUACUGGCUAAGCUGCAUCCCCCACCUGACAAUCAGGAUGCCUAUCGGGCAGAAUUUGGGUCCCUUGGGCCCCUCCUCUGUUCCCAUGUGGUCAAGGCCCGGGCCCAGGCUGCUCUGCAGGCACAGCAGGUCAACAGAACCACACUGACCAUCACACAGCCCCGGCCCACACUGACCCUGUCUCAGGCCCCCCAGUCUGGCCCUCGCACCCCUGGCUUGCUGAAAGUCCCUGGCUCCAUUGCACUGCCCGUCCAGACACUGGUGUCUGCACGAGCUGCUGCCCCACCUCAGCCUUCCCCACCUCCAACGAAGUUUAUUGUGAUGUCAUCAUCCUCCAGCGCCUCAUCCACUCAGCAGGUCCUGUCCCUCAGCACCUCAGCCCCUGGCUCAGGAUCCACCACUACCUCUCCUGUCACCACCACAGUCCCCAGCGUGCAGCCCAUUGUCAAGCUGGUCUCCACUGCCUCCACUGCACCCCCCAGCACGGCCCCCUCUGGGCCUGGCAGUGUCCAGAAGUACAUUGUGGUCUCACUGCCCCCAACAGGAGACGGCAAAGGAGGCCCUCCCUCCCAUCCUUCUCCAGUCCCUCCCACCUCAUCUUCCCCCUCUCCACUUGGGGGCAGUGCCCUCUGUGGGGGGAAACAGGAAGCUGGGGACAGCCCACCUCCAGCUCCAGGGACUCCAAAGGCGAAUGGUUCCCAGCCCUCUGGACCUGGCUCCCCUCAGCCUGCUCAGUAAUAACACCGUCCAUCUGCUGACCUUCUCUCCCAUGGAUUCCUAUGCGCAUUCAUGCAAGCAGGGUGGAAGAAAAAGUAGGCUUGUUUAACCCAUGUGACUUUCUUAUUAGAUACUGUACAGUACUUCCUCAGAAUAAAAGUUGAUUUGUAAGUU